AAAUGGUGUAGACUAGGCCCGCCACAUCCAAACGACUAUCGUUUAUUACCUGCCUCUGCCUCUGCCUCUACUUCUGCCUGAGCCUGCUUCCGAAAAACAAUCUACACCUAAAUUUCAUCCAAACACACUAGAUAACAUUUGAUCACACUAUGUAGAAGUAGAAUUCCUGCUUACAAUUCACUUUCCCAUGGCAUCUCUGCCUCCACUUUUGGCCGCCAACACAGUCAAGCUCGACCCAGAAUUCAGGAAACUCUCCGCUCCUCCUCUUCCUUUCGAUAAGAAAAAUUACAGCACGAAAGAGCCCAACUCCCUGAGUUCGGAAUUGAAAGAAGCAGUUUCAACGGCGGGCCAAGGUAACAACAGAAAACUCGAAUCGUCUAAUUACUUCCCCAUUUUGCAAGAAUGUAUACUGCAGAAUUCAGUUUCUGGAGUUGAGUCGAUUCAUUCCCAAAUCAUCAAAAGCGGGUUUGUUGAGGACCUCUUCCUCAUGACUUUUCUAGUCAAUGUUUACGCGAAAUGUUGGGAUAUGGGGAGCGCGCGGAAGGUGUUCGACAAUUUGCCAAAGAGAAAUGCUGUCGCGUGGACUUCGUUGAUGUCCGGUUACAUUUAUAACUCGCGGCCUGAAUUAGCUAUCAGCAUUUUCAAGGAGAUGUUGGAAGCAGGGGCGUACCCCACGAAUUACACCUUGGGAGUUGUCUUGAAUGCUUGCACUUCAUUGUGUGAUAUCAAUCUUGCGAGACAGAUUCAUGGAUACAUUGUGAAGUAUGAUCUCGAGCACGAUUCGAGCAUUGGGAAUGCGCUCUGUAGCUUGUAUUCCAAAUGCCGCAAUCUGGCUAUGGCGAUCAGGGCGUUUGAGAGGAUCGCGGAGAAGGAUGUGAUAUCAUGGACUGCUGUGGUAUCCGCAUGUGGGGAUAAUGGGAAUUCUGCCAAGGGAUUGGAUAUGUUUGUGAAGAUGCUCGUUGUGGGUGCUGAGCCGAAUGAGAUCACUCUGACUAGUGUGUUGAGCUUGUGUUGCACGAUGCAGGCUCUCGAUGCAGGAUCUCAGGUUCACUCGUUGAUUAUAAAACUUGGAUAUGGCUCGGAUUUGCGCUUGACGAAUUCAAUCAUGUAUUUGUACUUGAAAAGUGGUUGCAUCGCUGAGGCGAAGAAGUUGUUUGUUGGUAUGAGCUCUGUCAGCUUAGUUACAUGGAAUGCUAUGAUUGCAGGCUAUGCAGAGAUGAUAAGCCUUGCAGAGGAUGCCCUCUCGGCUUACUUAUGUGGAAUCGAGGCGCUUCAAAUAUUCCAGCAGAUGAACAGGUCGGGGCUGAGACCCGAUCUGUAUACCUUCUCGAGUUUGUUCAGUGUGUGCAGUAGUUUAGUGGCUUUGGAGCAGGGGGAGCAAGUUCAUGCUCAAACGAUAAAAACUGGGUUUUUAUCCGAUGUGAUUGUGGCUACUGCUCUAGUGAACAUGUACAACAAAUGUGGAAGCAUCAAUCGAGCCAGCAAAGCUUUUCUAGAGAUGUCCACAAGAACCCUAAUCUCGUGGACUUCCAUGAUAACCGCGUUUGCACAGCAUGGGCGCUCAGAGCAGGCCUUGCAGGUGUUCGAGGAUAUGAGACGUGUAGGGGUUAAACCAAACAAGAUAACCUUCGUUGGCGUGCUCUCAGCCUGCAGUCAAGCAGGAAUGGUGGACCAAGCAUUUGCAUACUACGAUAUGAUGAAAAAUGAGUACAGAAUCAGCCCUGUGAUGGACCACUACUCGUGCCUGAUAGAUAUGUUUGUGAGAUUGGAUCGGAUAGAUGAAGCCUUUGACUUCAUCGAGAAGGCAAAUUUGGCUCCAAAUGAAUUCAUAUGGUCGAUCUUGAUUGCUGGCUGUCGAAGUCAAGGGAAACUAGAGCUAGCCUUUCAUGCUGCAGAGCAACUGCUUGAACUCGAGCUCAAAGACUCUGAGACGUAUCUCUUACUGCUGAAUAUGUAUGUGUCUGCAGGGAGAUGGAAGGAUGUCUCGAGGGUGAGAAAGAUGAUGAGAGAUGCAAAGGUCGAUAGAAUAGUGGACUGGAGUUGGAUUACCAUCCGAGACAAGGUCUAUUCGUUCAAGUUCAGCAGCAAGAGACAUCAUCAAGACGGGGUUACUGAGCUCUUGGACGACUUGAUUGAUAGAGCGAAGCCUCUUGGAUAUAAGGCUGAGGCGGGUUUGGAGAUAGACGACGAGCUAGGGAAGGAGGAGGCUACAACCUCAGCUGCUCAUCACAGUGAAAAGAUGGCAGUUGCCUUUGGAUUGCUCAACACAUCAGGUGAGGUACAGAUCAGAGUCACCAAGAAUAUGGGUAUGUGUAGGGACUGCCAUUGUUUUAUUAAACUCGUCUCUUUAUUGACUUCCAGAACUAUAAUUAUUCGAGAUAGUAAGAGGCUGCACAAAUUUCACAAUGGAGAGUGUUCUUGUAAGGAUUUUGGGGGUCUUGUUUGAAGACUCCUCCACAUAUUGAUUCUCAGUUGAUGACUUUUUUAUGCAA